CCACGAGAAGUGGUCCAGGUCAAAGCGGGCACGAACGCGAGCUGUAAAGUCCUCGCCGGGUGCAGCUCAUCGUGCGCUUGCAUAGCCCAUGCGUAUAAGAGCCGGCUCUGCGACGGGAUGAGGACGAGGAGGAGAAGAGAACGAGAACAGCAGCGGACGGACACGUGCGAUGAGUAGCACCAGAACUUUCUCGCCGGCGGUGGUGGCGGCAGGGCAGCAGCACGUCCGCGCGCCGCGCGGUGGGCUGCCGCGGCCGAGGCGACCCACCAGGCAGGCGGCCGGCUCGCCGGGCCAACGGUCCGCGGGUGGCGGCGGCGACGCCGCGUGGGGGCAAGCGGGGCGCAGCUGGUGGGGCGCUGGAGGUGGAUUGCCAGCGGCCGCGUCGUCGAGGCGGCAGCCGUGCAGGGCUGGCGCUGGCCGGGCGCCGGCGGGGAACCGGGAGCUGGUGCGGCGGGCGCUUUCGCCGCCGGCCACGGGCGCGCGCGGCGCGGCGCUGAGGAGGUGGAGCUUCCGGCCCAUGCCGAGCCGGCUGCGCAACGGGUCGUGCUUGACCUCGACGGCGGCCCCUGCAUCCCCACGGCCAUCGUGACUUUUGCUUAGCGUGAGGUCGUCGCAGGCUUACAGCUGGGCUCUGUAACGGGAUUGGUGUAGGCUAGGCACUGUACAUUCCCGUGCCUGUUGCGUUUUUUGGUGUUGUUUUUGAGGUUUCAUUAAUUUUUAUAAAUCCGGUGUCUUUUUUUCUGUACGCACAAAUGUGCAUAUCAUAUUUUAUAGAAAGAUAGGGGCAUAGAACCCAGUCCACCGUUGA